CCGGGAAAGCUCGGUUUCUAAGUUACAGCAGCAAAGUUAACUAAAGCUCCUGAAGAAGUGUCGAUAAUCAAUGGCGAAAGUAACAGAGAAACUUUUACUGGAGAAAUGCUCUCCAAAAACCAGCAAACUGGAGCAAAUCAAGACACUAAAUCUCUCCAGACUUGGACUGAAGGCUGAGGACUUGCCAGUCAACCUGCUGUCCCGUCUCCGGUCCCUGGAGCGGUGGGAUCUGUCUGGAAAUGGACUGCAGCAGUUCCCCAAGCACCUGGAACUGCCUGCUCUUCGCUUCCUAGACCUCAGCGACAACCAGAUGGAGGAUGUUACCACUCUGGAAUCUCUAAGUAGUCUGGAAGAGCUCAAGAUGGAGGAUAACCUUUAUAUCACUGUGAGUGAUAACCACAAGCUGAUGGCGUUGUUGCCUAAACUGAGGAUAUACAAUGGUAAAGAUAUCAGCACGUCCGCCAACCACUUGCGCUUUGUUUACACUGAGAACCUGAGGACCAGGAUAAUUGCAGUUUGGGAGAAGAGCUUCCGUCUCCCGGAUCCCAUCACCGUUGAGAAAAUGUCGGCCUUGGAGGAAAAAUUUGUCAACGCCGCUCGUGAUCAGGUUAAAUUUGGCCCCAGUUCAGUGAGUGACUUCACCAAGUGGAAGGUGGAAAUUAUUGCGAAAGAGUAUCUGCGCUCUCUGACCGAACCAGUAAAGGAAGAAUCAGAGAGCCAGGAGUCUGCUGACACUAAAGAGAAUUGUAGUGUUUCAACGCCUUCCAAGAGGAAACAAACUGCAUCAGUAACAGACACCAUAAGCCUGACGCCCAGGAAGAAACACUGCUCAGAUAUCCCAACCUCCCCUGUUGAAGCCAGUCCUCGCAAAUCCAGACUUCAGACGCUAACCCAGAACAGCCCCAUCAGGAUGAGCCCCCGCAAGAUAAGUCAGCCUCCCUCCACCCCCACCCGAGGACAGACAAGGGCAGAGACGCCCAGGAGGGGCUCUAAAGUGCGACAAACCAAGGAGGAUGAUGCAGCUCAGAUAAAACCGAAGAGCAGAACAGAGCUGCAGAGAAACGCUGACACACUGCCCACAAUGAAGAUCUGCAGUAGGACACAGCAGCCGGUGUGUCUGAAGCCUCUCCAUGUCCUGCAGUGCCACAGUAAACAGGACAGCUCGGAGGACCUCUCUACCCAGCUGUGGGCCUGUGCUUUCCAGCCGCUGCCAGAUUCCACUGGUGCUGGUGGUGGAAGUCGUUUGGUUGCUACCUGUGGUGGAGACUCGCUCUGUGUGAUUGACUGUGAAACAGGGAUGGUGAUGAAGAAGUACAAAGUUCCUGGAGAGGAGUUCUUCUCCCUGUCCUGGUCCACGGUGCUGAUGUCCAGGGGAGGCGGGGCCUCGGCUCAGCACUGCAGCAUUCUGGCAGCUGGAGGAAAGAGGGGACUAGUCAAACUGAUCCACCCCAGAAACAACCUGGCCUACGGGGAGUUCAGAGCCAGCCGUAAGGCGCUGUCUGUCCUCCGCUUCAACCACCACCAGGGAAACUUCCUCUUCACGGGAUCGUACGAUAAAAAAAUAGUGAUGUGGGACAUCGGUGGAGUGGACAGCCAGUACAACUUCAAAGUUGUUCAGCUGCUGGUUUUGGAGAUCGGCACCAUUCCCCUGCACAUCUGCCUCCCUCCCACAUCCCCCAGCUCACACCUACUGACUGCCGGUGAGGAUGGCCUGCAUUGCUACAACACAAAACUCGGCACCAACAACGCCACAAAGAGGUCUAAGGAGAUGGAGAUAACUUUCCCCAUAUAUAAGAAUGAAGACAAAGACCAUGACUACCACACCAUUGAUGGAUUGAGUUUUCUUACAGAUGACAUAGUUGCCUCCAAGAACUACAUGCAUGAUUCCAUUUACUUGUGGAGCUGGAGCAGGACCAAGGCUCAGCGGCCAGAUAAGAAGGACAGGACAGUUUGUGCUGUGGUUUUGGCUGAGCUGCAGUGGGCCAACACUGAGAUUCCCUACCUGGCUCUAAACACCUGUCCUGGCCAAGCCUACAUAGUGUGUGGUGAUGACAAAGGCAGGCUGUGGACAUACCACGUCACCAACCUGCAGAAAAACAGUUUUCAGACUGGGAAACCCAUACUGCCCACUGAGGUGUUGGAGUGGCCAACAACGGUAAAGAAGGGCCUUGGCCAGUUGGAGGGCCCCUCGAUCAAUAGUGUAGCAAUGGACCCGGAACUCCGCUUUCUGGUGGCCCUGAGUGACAAGAAUAUGGUGAUCGUGUGGAAGAGAGAGGAGUCCUCCUGAGCAACACGGGCUGCAACCUGUGAAUGGGAAUCAUACAGAUUUCCAGGUGUUUUGAUAAAAAUCUUUGUGAGGGGUUUUUGUUGAGAAAAUAACUGACAGUUUACCAAAUGUUGGUAUUUUUGUAAUAAGGUUGGUUUUUCAUAACACCUAUAUGCCCAUCUGUCUCCGGCAAUAGACCCAGGCUGCAGCAAUGUUGUCCAGCUUGUUUUUCUUUUUCUCAUUUCCUUCAUAAUUUGUUUGGGGAAAGUGACUUUUGCCACAGUAAACAGAGCAAGUAACAUCCAGAGAGAUUGGAGGAAUACUAUAAUAGUAGUAUAGUAUUAUAUAGUAUUAAAUUGAAACUUUUCAUUUGCAGAAUUUUAUAUUGAUAUGCUUAAAGUUGCUGCUGUUUUGAAAUGUAGCCAGGUGAAGAUAAUUGUGGAUUGUUGCUAUGUGACACAUCAUUCUUUGUUUUUGUAUAUAGUCAUGUAUCUUAAAAGAUACAGCAUAUAAGAACCAGCAGAAAAUAAUUGACAAGUAAAAUGAGUAAAUGCAAUGACCUGCUAGGAAUUGGUAAGAAAACAAUUGGCAACUAUUGAAAUCUAUUGGCAGAAAUUAAAUAUAAUACUCAUUUAUGUUCUCAUAUCUGUAUAAUCACUUAAAUCUUUUAAGUUAAAUCUUAAGUUGCUGUCUUUUGCAAGGUGAGAAUGAGCCCUUCAUAUCCAAAUUAGGAGCAGGUCUUCACAUUGAGUCGAGUCGGUCUGUAACUUAACUGCACAUCAUUACAAUAAUGAAUGGGCUGCAAAUGGAGCUGUAAUUAGCCUCAUUUAACUUAUUUUGUUGUCUCUUAAGUCUGUGGUUUUAUUUAAGUGUUUUUCAUCUCCCUGUUUGGAUUUUUGUUGUGUGCUUCUGUAGUAAAUUAACCUCUCGUCCAGAAACACAACUCCAGAUAUAUGCUAAUGUUUAAGUUAGCCAUAAAAAAACAUUAUUAGAUUACAGCUUCUUUUUGCUGCCCUCAAAAUAAUGAAUACAUGUUUAAUCAGCUGAAUAAAAAGUCAGUAGUCUUAUGAAUGAGACUAAAAUUGUAUUUCAUUACUGACUUAUUUUAUUUUAAUGUGCAUAUUUGACGUACAUUUAAUUUAAUGUUUUUUUUCAAGGUCAGUCUUUGGACCUUGAUGUUUAAAGGCAUACUUUGCAGAGGUUGUCCAUUGUUGUUUUUUUCCAUCACAACAGUCAACUGUCUUUUUUUGUGCCUUUUCUCAGCGGUGUGUCUAGCAUUCUUUUUUUUUCUUUUUUUUUUUAGCUUUGUCGCAGUCUCAUCCAAGUCUCAAAAACCUGUAUUUUAUUAGUUAAACAAUAACUUAUAUUCUGAUAACGUUAAGGACUGCAAACAGUCCUCGCUGAAAAGUCAAUACUGCUGUGAGGCGUAAAGAGGCUGAUGCAGCCUGUUUUUCUGAUUGCUGAGAAAAUAAAUGCAAUAAAUUGUAUUUCUUUUUACUGUCAAAUGUUACAGUAUAGUAGUGUUGUGAAGUUGUUAUCUUCAUUAAAUUAAUCAAAUUACUUCAUUAAAAAAA